AUGCCUCCGCAACCGAGUGGUAAAGCCGUGAAGGAAAGGGAAGGCCGGAACGGCACAGAAGGCCGUCCGCCCGACACCGGCAUCUCCUCGAAGGCCAUGUCUAUCAGGAACUCCUUCGUGAACGACAUCUUCGAGCGCAUCGCUAACGAGGCCUCACGUCUGGCCCACUAUAACAAGCGCUCGACCAUCACUUCCCGGGAGAUCCAGACCGCUGUCCGCCUCCUAUUGCCGGGA